AUGUUUGAGGCUAAAUACGAAUCCAACUUUAAUCUCUGCGGGGGAAAGGAGGUUUCAAUGGGCAUUGAUGAGGCUGGCAGAGGGUGCGUGCUGGGGGCCAUGGUCUACGCCUGUUUCUUCUGUCCAAAAGACAGUAUGGAAAAGCUGAAGGCCUUGAAAGUGGACGAUUCGAAGAAACUAACGGAGGACCAGCGGGAGGCGGCGUUUGAAUCGUGCAUGCAGCAGAAGGAGGCCUUCGGAUGGAGGAUCCACUCAAUUUCACCUCAAGAGAUCAGUGCCAAGAUGCUGCGAAAGCGCAAAAUCAGUCUGAACGACAUAUCCCACGACGCUGCAACGGACCUCAUUGCGGCUGUCUGUAAGCAGGGCGUACGCGUAUCCGAGGUGUAUGUUGACACUGUGGGCAAAGCGGAUACUUACGAGAAGAAGCUGCAGCAGCUUUUCCCAUCUGUAAAGAUUACGGUUAGGGAGAAGGCGGACUCACUCUUUCCCGUUGUCAGUGCUGCCUCGAUCCUCGCCAAAGUUACCAGGGACAGGGCCCUGAAGCUCUGGCCUGCCCCAGUGCGCCCUGUAAAAAGGCUAAAGCAGCUACAAGAAAACCAAGAGAAGAAGCACCAGGCAAAAGGAACGAAAAACACAAGUGCUGCAGCUGAUGCGGUAUCAGCUGAGGAGGAGGCACAAGGCGAAGCGCAGGAGGCAGUCUACGGGACCGGCUAUCCCGGAGACAGAAUCACCGUAGCGUUUCUCAAGGAUUAUAUGGAUCCCGUUUUUGGCUUCCCGGAAAUCGUUCGCUGGAGUUGGCAGACAGCAAAAGACCUAUUUGAAAAGGAGGGAGUGCAGACGCAGUGGUAUGAGGAAGUCGAGGAUGAAGAUGAGCAAGCAAAAGACGCCCCCGCGGCUAAACAAAGUCGGAUUACCAGUUUUUUUCAAGUUAAGCCCAAGACAGGAGUUUCUAUAGACAGGCCUAAACUUUUCGUACGUAGCAGAAUAGAGCUCAUCACCAGUGCAGCACGUAUCUGCGCAAGUAACUAA